UAAUAAUGCAAUCCAACUUUACCCAAAUUGUGCUAGUGCCUAUAUUAAAAGAGGUGAAUUAUAAUACACUGAAUAUAAUAGGCAUUAUAUAUAAGGAUAUUGGUGACCAUGAUAAAGCAUUAAAAAAAAAACUAUAAUAAUGCAAUCCAACUUGACCCAAAUGAUGCUAGUGCCUAUAUUAAAAGAGGUGAAUUAUAAUACACUAAAUAUAAUAGGCAUUAUAUAUAAGGAUAUUGGUGACCAUGAUAAAGCAUUAAGUGACUAUAAUCAAGCAAUCCAACUUGAUCCAAAAGAAGCAAGAGCCUAUUAUAACAGAGGUGAAAAUUAUUACACUCAAUAUAUUAGGCAAUUUAUAUCAAGAUAUUGGUGACCAAGACUAAGCAUUAAAUGACUAUAAUCAAGCAAUCCAACUUGAUCCAAAAGAUGCAACAGCCUAUUCUAACAGAGGUGGAUAUUAUUACACUCAAUAUUUUAGGCAAUUUAUAUUACAAUAUUGGUGACCAAGAUUAAGCAUUAAAUGACUAUAAUCAAGCAAUCCAAUUAGAUCCAAAUUUUGACCAUGCCUUUUAUGGAAAAGGUUUUAUCUCUAACUUAGCAUUUUAGGUCUUAUCUUAUAAGAUUUACAAUAAUUUGAGGAAGCAAUAAUUUGCUUUGAUAAAGCCAUUUCUCUUGAUACAAAUCUGAUUAAUGCUUAUUAUAACAAAGGUUAAAUGUUUAUUAUCUUUUAGCAGUUUCAUUAUCAAAAUUGA